AUGCUUCACUCUAAUAGAUCUAUCUACCCAUAUUCAGUUUCAAAAUUACAGUGCCAAUACUCUAUGCAUUUCGACAACAAAGAUUUCGAUCAGCUCCUAUCUGUCCGACCACUCUUCAACGAAGCCGAAGUCUAUACUAAUGAAGUGGUCGGCUCGAGUAAUGGUCUUGUCUGCCUCUUUUGUGUCUAUGAAAACAAUAACCAGUUUAUAAGUGUUAUCAAAUACAGCCAGUACAUAGACAAGUUGGUUAUUUGGAACCCUUUCAUUAGAAAAUCUUUUAUGAUACCUGAACGUCCUUGCUGUUCUCCUCCUUUAGGUUCGUCUGAUUCAAAAUUAAUCGGGUUUGGCUUUGAUUCAAGAUUGAAUGAUUACAAAUUAUUAGUGGCUCAUUAUUUGAUUAGCUCUAUUAAGGGCGUGGUUCUCUAUUCACUCAAUUCUAAUUCUUGGAAGAAAAUCACUAAUGCUACUCCCAGCUGUAGAUAUUACAUAGAUUUUUUUUAUUCCUCAGCUUUUGUCGUCGAUGGUAGAUUCUACUGGCCAAUGCUUAAUAAGAAUUUGAGGAAGAUGUUACUAGUCUUUGACUUAAGAGAUGAGAUGUUUGGAGAGAUAUCAUUGCCUGCAUAUUUAGAAAAUGACCGCAGUACAAAUUUGACAAUUAAAACGUUUGGAGAAUCAUCCAUUGCAGUUAUUGUUCGAAAUGGUUUCUAUGAGUAUGAUAUAUGGGUGAUGAAAGAGUACGAGACUCGCGAAUGGAUGAAGUUGGCAAGAGUCGGAAAACGCUGGAGAGAAUUUUCAAAUCUACUUGAGUUUAGAGAUAAUGGUGAAAUGUUGAUUUAUUUUUUUAAAAGGCAACGUUUAGCCUCGUAUUCUUUAAAUGGACACAUGAAGAAUCUAUUGGCUUGGCGCGGUGAGAAAGAUGGAAGAUGGCCUUCUUUUGCUUAUAGGUGUGUGGAGAGCCUAGCAUUACUUGACAAAGGUAAUGAUUCAUGA